AUGAGGGUUCUUGCCGGCGACUCCGCCCUGUGGCGAUCGCUGGCGCAGGAACGGUGGCCAGGUUGCAGCGCUGCACACUACGGCGGCGACUGGCACCGUCUCUACCGCUGCCGGGCGUCCCUGCCCGCCGACUUUGUGCGUGAGGCGGACCGCUACCACGCGCUCACGUUGCGCGCAUCGAGCGGCGUGGUGCGGCUAAACUCGUCCAGCGUGCGCGACGGUGGCGCGGCAGCUGGCGCCAGCGGCAGCAGCUGCGGCGCGGGCCCCGGGUCGCCUUCCAAGGCCAACGUGUACGGGUUCAGUGCCGCCCCCCACUGCAACAUGGCCGGCAUGCUGCUGGAGGAGGCCAUGCAGGCGGUGUUCACGGUCGGCCUCGCGCUCUCCGCGGGCGCCAACACCGCUGUGCGGCGCGGAGAGGCGGCAGCGGAGCUGGCGCGGUUUCGCGAGGAUGCGGCCUGGUGGCUGGCCCACAGGCCCGAGGUAGUUGUGCGCUUCGUGCGCCGCGCGUGCGACGCGCUUCGCGAGUACGACAUGUGGGGCAGCGGCUUCAGCUCAUGGCCGGACGUGCCCUGGCGGCGCAGCGCGUUGCAGUUUGUGCUGGACCAGCCCCUGGGCCCCGACAGCGGCGUCUGCAUCAGCGUCACAGACCGCCUGCAGCGGGAGGCGUCCUCCCUGGACGCCGCCAUCCGUGGCCUCAAGGGCGAGGCCUGCCACCUGGACGUGCGGCGGCCCCAGGGCGUGCCGCGCAGCCACUGGUGGUACUUCAUGGACGCCGCGGUGCACUGA